GUCGAGGAAAAUAAUUGGCCACAGCAGCAGUCUGCUUGGCAUUAAAGACGGCUGACGGUUGGAUCUGCGGUAACCGUUUUUCCAGAAGCUACUGUAGACUUUGUUGCCAGCAUCAAAUUCACUCCUUUGCAGGAAGAAGGGAAAAGCCUCCAUUUGUGCCUAAACGCUUUGGCCUGGAUUUGACCUUUGUUGUUCCAUUCUUCCUGCCAGUUGUGAGCUGUUUUUCGUUGGCAUCUUCUUAAGCAAAGACGGUUCAGCUACUCAAAAGUGGAACCUUUUUUGUUUUUGUUUUGUUUUUUUCUUCAAACACUUUCGCAUAUAUUUGAAGGAUAAAAACAGGCAUUCUGGAUCAUUCUGUGUGGCAAAAUGGCAAAGAAAAACAGCCAAAAAGAAAUCUGAACUUCCUGGCAGGUGUUUUGUUUUGCAAAUGAUGUUCUUCCGUGGCUUUCAAAGAUACAUCCAGCGUGGUGUUUGACACUCGCUCAAAAAUGGCCAUGUCGCAAGGGGGAACAGCAGAAAAGAUGAAAGAGAAGAUCAGUGCUGUCAGAGCUGUUGUUCCCAACAAAAGCAACAAUGAGAUUGUGCUGGUAUUGCAGCAUUUUGAGAACAGUGUCGACAAAGCCGUUCAGGCUUUCUUGGAAGGAAGCGCAGCUGAGAUCUUGAAAGAAUGGAAUGUCACAGGCAAAAAGAAGCCCAAGAAGAAAAAGAAGCCCAAGCCUCAGCCGGAGCCCUCAGCCGAAGCAGUCCAGCCCGAGGCCGCCAUGUCCGAGGAGGGCAAGGACGAGAUAAACGGCUUUCAUGCCAACGGCUCAGUGAUGGAUGGAGAGUCUCUAGAUUCACUGAGUGAACAGUUGGACUCUGCUUCCUUGGAUGCGGCCGAGCUGGACUCUGAACCCGCUACAUCUGAGACUACAGGUGCAGAAGCAGAAAGUCCAGGUAGUGCUCAAAGUCCUGCCUCUCAGCAGGGGGGGAGGAAUCACCAGGGUCCCAGGGGCAACAAGUCCAGACACAGGCUAGGCUCAAAUUCACAUCCCCCCACCUUUCCAACAGCAACCAGCGAUGACCCAGGAUCAUCAGGGGGAAAGAAAAUAGCUUCCAACAUUGACCGCUCAGUGAAGGACCUGCAGAGAUGCACAGCCUCCUUGACGCGCUACAGGAUGGUGGUGAAGGAGGAGAUGGACUCCUCCAUCAAGAGGAUGAAACAGACUUUUGCUGAGCUGCAGAGCUGUUUAAUGGACAGAGAAGUGACUCUUCUUGGAGAGAUGGACAAAGUAAAAGCAGAGGCCAUGUUGAUCCUGGAUGCUCGGCAGAAGAGAGCAGAGGAGCUGAGGCGCCUGACGGACAAAUCUGCCUCCAUGUCAGAGGAGCAGCUGACUGAACUUCGUGCUGACAUCAAGCACUUUGUGAGCGAGCGUAAAUACGACGAGGACCUCGGCAGAGCUUUAAGAUUUACAUUUGAACUUGAACCACUGAAGACGAGCAUCUCUGGUUUUGGAUCAGUGUACCAUCCUCGGACGGGCUACUCGAAUCGGUCCCGUUGUAGCUCCACGUCGUCCUCCAUCGCCGGCCCAAGUCAGAUUGAAACGCCUCCUCCCACCCAGGCCCAAAGCGCCCCCAGUGAAACCCGUCCUCCCCCAGCCAAACAGAUUUUCCAAGGAAACAGGCGCACGUUCCACGGACAGGGUUACCACUCAGGCGGGCCGCGUCACAACGGCAGUUCUCACUAUGACAGGAAUUCUGGCCGCGGGCGCUACCAGAGUGACGGGGGCUCCUCCGGGCCAACGUCGCAGCACUCCGCCAGCUCCAGAGGCCCCUCCCAUUUGUCCACAUCCUCGCACCACCAAGACCGACCCGCUCAAAACGGCCUUCCUCAGCGGCUUCCUCGAACACACGGCCCUUGACAUUGGAAGUCCCCUCUGUUAAAUCCAUCCACCCACCCCGUGCUCCCCUCCCCGUCCCCCCGUCCCUCAACCCUCCCACUAACUCUUUUCAAUGAAGAAUAAAAUUCAAGUUUACAUGUUUCAGUCAGUGGAGCUGUAGUGCCGCCGCUCUCCAUCAUUCUACAUCCUUCCGACUUGAAAAGCUGUCACACUUCUGUAAUCGCUCUCUUUUCUAUUCCUCUCCUUUUCUGUCCCGGGCCCCUCGAGAGCCUCUGCUACCGUAGCUGCGUCUUUACCUUUUACAGCAAAUCAAAGGGCAGACCCGCCUGCAACAAUCUGUGCACUAUUCAGGCUGAACUCCUGGUACUUUUUUUCUGCCGUGGCGCUGACAGGUUUCUGAUUUAAGGUCAGAUCAUGUUUAUUGUUUUGUUUUCCAGAACCAUUUCAAUGCCUUCACUGUUGUAGUGAACGUGCACAGCUAGUUCUAGCAUUGACUGGUAUGUUUGUGGACAGAAGAGCAGACAUGCAAUCAACACUACAUCUUAAUCUUUCCGGUGACAGACAUAUCGGAUGGGAAACCAGUCGUUUUUGGGGCUUUUCGUAAGGCUGCUACAAACUGUGGGAAAACGUGGUCACGUUUGGCUGCAAAGGUUUCCUCGGAAGAGUUGUUCAACUUUUGCAAACGCACUUACUUCCCGUUUCCUUCUGAAGUUUUUUUUUUACAAUCUAAUCGUGCAACAGAGAGGAAGUUGGAUCCAGACGCUGCUCGACUUAAGAACAGAACGUCUCCUAAAGCUCUGCAGAUGUUUACAAGCUGCCCUCUAAAGGUCUUCGCACCAAAACCUGACGGGAUUUUAAAUGUGAGGUUUUUGUGGCGGUUUAAGGUGGAGCGGGAUUUGCUGUGAAGCUCAUUUCGGUCUUCUCGCAUCAGCGACUAGCUUUAACUUCAUGACUACCAACCUGCAGGAGGAAGUAAGCGCUUUUGCAAACUUCUUUAGUUGUCCUUCUUUCUAUGAAGCAGAGAUGUAAUCCCCUCCCGUUAGCCAAUGGGCUUCAAGUAUGCUGUGUUUUUUGAGAGAGGGCUUAUUCACUUUUUUUUUUUUUGUGCACAUUCUGUUUCAUGUCUCUGAACAUUUAUCCAGCUGUUUUCUUUUCUCCCUUGUUCCUUGUUAUAUGCACACAAAUGGCAUCUUAAUGUCAUGCUUGCCUUUAGUCACAGACUUCACAUUUGCCUUUCUACAAACAUGGAUGUCUGCAUCUCGACUAUUUUUUUUUCUGUAAGUGGCUAAAGAUCAGAGAACAAAUGUGGGAUUUCUGAGAGUUGGCUCCACAUUUUUCUCUGGCAUCCCCACUGACUUCAUUCAGUCAGAGCAAAAAUAAGAUCAAAAUGAAGAAUGCAUAGGAGGCUUGUCGGGUUUCACAGAUCUUGCUGUCGUUGGGCCCAGUUUGAGAUUUAAAAAGCGUUUUUGUUUUUUGUGUUUUGCUCUUGGCUCCUAACAAGGGACAUGGACCCCUGGUGAAUCAUCCUCAUCUCGUAGUCCUGCACAUAGGCUGAGCUGCAAAAGUGUAGAUGGGAAAACAAAUUGUGUUACAUUAUUGCUGCAUAAUGUGUCUUCCUAAAGUGUUGUCCUUCUUGCAGACUUUUAGGGGAAAGAACAAAUUAUAAAUUGUUUAACUUUCCUGUUUUUUUUUUUUUUCUUUUUCAUGGCUUUCUGUCAAUAGAAAGUUGUUUUUUUUUUUGUUCUGGUUUGACAUAAAGAGAUUUGCUCUUGUAGUUAAAUUAGUUAAUAUUGUGGAGAAAUUAGUGUUUUCAGGCUUUGGUUAAGAAAUACUGUUGAGAUUUGACUGAAGGAAUAGUUCAAAUAUUUUGAAGAAUAUGCUCGUUGGCGCCUUUUGUCAACUGUUCGAAUACAUAUAAGGUCAUUAUGGGGAAUCUGGUGGCUUGGUUUGACAUAAACCGUCGUACGGUAACCUGGUUCAGAAUGGUUUCACCCUCAUUAGUUGACGGUCCAGAGAGAAGCUGGGAUGUGGUUCUUUGUUUAUUGUCUAAGCUUAAGAAAUGCAAUUCUUUUUUUGUUGUUACUUUUCUGCAUCUUUAUAGUUGUGGGGUUUUUGCUUUGAGCUUCUUUGUGUCAUUCUGAUGAGUUCAAAGCACAGCUCCAGUUGGUAAGCUGUGUUCUGUGCGUGAGCAGUUAAACCCAGAGCAAGCAGGAACGUCCUGAAACCUGGCCUAAAGUUCUCCUGCAUUAACACAUCUGUGUUUAAAUAGGAUUCAUUGUUUUUGUUGGACACUCCUGGAGUCGACCGGUGUAAACGGACCUGGAUUAACAUGGUGUUUGAAGUGUUAGCUGGUAGACUUUGGUGUUAAGUUGCAUGAAGCCAGGCGUGCACACGCUCAGAACCAACCUAAAAAUCCAAUCCAAGCAGGCUUGAUGGAUAAAGAUGUUUUCCUCCAAACGUUUGCACAGUUUGUCUCAAAGAGGCUCAAACUUUCUCAAAGUACUACUUUUUUUCUUUCUUUCUAAAAAGGCACAGCUUUUAUCCAAACCAGCUUUUGCGAAUUCCGUCUGUUUGCAGUCAAAAACUCUUGUUUCAGCAACAUUUUUCUGCAUCACAUUCUGAGAUUUAAGGCCUAGACAUGAUCUCAUUCUGUUAAAUCACUUUUUUUCUCUCUCUUAGGCUGUUAAAAAAAACAAUGACCUCCAGGGAAAAAUAUCAUCUUCUCUUUCCUGCUUUCCACCCCACUCCCGGAUUCCUUCUGUGUCUGUAGCUCGGACUUUGCGCUCACAUUGGGCAUUCCUUUUUUUUUUUUUUUGUAUGUGAUAUUAAUACUAAACAGGAUGAAGUCUCAAACAUCUCAGUCAUUCAUUCUUCCACUUAUGUCCUCAAAGCUUGUGAGACGACUGUAAACUCAAGUGCCUUCUCUUGUCUCCCACUGACCCCCAACGACGUUUCCACCAGAGUUUGGACCAAAGACAUCAGCCAUCCCUGACCACCCAGGCCUCUUUCUCCCCCCCCUCACUGAAUGGCACACUUUUCAUUUACUAAAAAUAAAACAAUUUGCAAUACA